CUAACAGAAAUAAUUCAUUUGAAGUUCAUAUUGAUAAAUCAGUCUCAUAGAUCAGUCUUUAGAAAGUCUUUUUGUAGGUUACAUUUUCUAUUUUUUAACAUGUCUCUGGUAGGUCUCAAAAGUGCAUCCAUUGUUCCCGGAUCAAAUCCCCCCUCUAGAUACUCCUUGGAGGAAUGGCAUUUAUCCAACAGAACAAGUGUAAGAUGCUGCCUUACUCAGCAAACGAUUGCUGAUCAAGUACUAGCGGAAUGUGGUAGGGUGAAAGAUUUGACUGAGGAGGUAGUUAGAACCAACAAACAGGAAACAAACCAUAAAAUAGAAGAGAAAAUCAAAGAUAUCGAUUUUCUUCGAGGAGAAAUACGUAGACAAAGGAAAGAGGUGGUAUUGGAGUUGGACAAUCUAACCACAUUUUAUGAAAGAAUUUAUGAUGCUCUUAACAACAUAAAAGCCGGUCCGGAAAUGGUCAACAACAAAUGUCUCAUGUUGAGAGAAGCGCGUAUCGGAAUAGAUUUGUGUCGUGACGACGUAGAAAGAGAGCUUCUGAAGGAACAUCAUAUAAUAGAGCAAGUCGUAGCUCUGUUGACGAGAACUGCCGAACAAGCCCAGGAGCAAAUAAGACGUCUAAGGUCAACCACUUACCUCAUGGAUCGUGAUCUAGAGGCGAAAGAAAAUGCCAAAAAAAUUGACGAACAUAACCUGUCCUUGCGAGAAACAAGCAUGAACUUGAGCAUGUACCAUGGGUACAGCCAACUUGAUUGCUCGAACAUUACGAAGGAAGAAUGGGACGUUUUUACCGAGAAGAGUAUUGAGGAUGCCUCAAAAGAAAUUAACUCUGCCAGACAACUUCGUAGCUACGUUGAUACCAUACUCAACCAAGCUUCAAAGGACCUCUUGGCUCAGUACAAUCUCGUGCAAGCAGCCUUCGUACGGAGAAUUUCCGAAACUAAAGAUGUCAAAACAAAGCUGGAAAUUCAACACGCUGAGAUCGUCAGACAGUCCAAUGAAAUGGUAAUGAAUAUCACGGAACUUGAGAAGUCGAUAUCUAAUAAGGAAGGGUUUAUGGCUUUGGCACAUACCAGACUUGGAAACAGGGCUCAGAGAGGAGGGGCAGAGCUAUGUAGAGAUCUUGUUGAAACUCAAUUGGUGGAUGAGGCAAGACAGAUAAGGAUCAACACUUCUAUCCUUCAGCAAACUUUGGCGGAGGCGCAAGCUACCCUGCGGUAUCUGCUCAAGACUCAGAUUCAGUUAGAGACUGAUAUUAAUAUAAAAAAUAAUACUCUGCAAAUAGAUGAGGUGGAUUGCAUGUCUAUGAGGGAAACAAUGGACUAUCAUUUCUAUUGAGAAUUCAAAUUCCUGGAAUCUACACCUUCACACUGUAUUUCAUAUUUUAUGUAGCUCAGUUAGCGUUGAAUAAAAUUACGAGUGAUUUUGCACCAUGCAUAA